UAAAAUUCCGUGACUGGACUGAGUGGAUUUCCACAGCUGUUUUGGUAAAGCAUGCCCUGUGAAGUGAAGCCUCGGAUAGUGGUUCUCUACGGAUCUCAGAAGGGCCAAGCCGAGUCCCUAGCUGAAGGAAUAGCUGAGCUGGCAGAGGAGCAUGGACUGGUUGCUGAGCUCAGUUGCUUGAACCACAGUGAGAAGUACAAUUUGGAGAAGGAGAACGCCCCAGUGGUCUUUAUUGUGUCUACUACUGGAGAUGGGGAGCCACCAGACAAUGCCCUCCAGUUUGUAAAGCGCAUCAAGAACAAGACCCUCUCCACUGACCACUAUAAACACCUCUGCUAUGCACUUUUAGCUUUAGGAGACACAAAUUAUGCAAAUUUCUGCAACUGUGGGAAGACAAUUGAGGGUCGUCUGCAGGAACUUGGAGCAAAACAAUUCUAUGCGACGGGAUAUGCAGAUGAUGGUGUAGGGCUGGAAGUGGUUGUGGAACCCUGGAUUGAAGGACUGUGGAAAGCAAUUAAAGGAGCCUUGUCAAAAAUGGCUUCUGAUAAGACUGACUUUCUGAAAGGAGAAGCAGGGGAUUCACCAAAGGAAACUCCUGAUUCAUCCAUGCCGGAUGUCCAACUAAACCUCUUGAGAAUAACUGACCACCAGAACUGCGAGUCGAUCAAAGCAUCUGUAGAAACUGUGUCCAAAUUAUCAACGGCUGCUUCAUCUUCAGCUUCUGCUACACAGACUGCUGUUUCUGAUCUCAGGCCAGCUUUUCCUGCAGGGAGCUCUGUGUUGGCAUCCCAGUCAUGUCGCACAGCCAGUCUUUCUACAUCAGCGCUGAAGACACAGACUGGGAAUCCUGGAGUUCCCCCUGUUGCUUUGUCAGCCUCACUGACAUGCUCCCUCCCGCCGCUGUCUGAGUCGUCUCUUAAUGUUCCUGCUCUGCCUCCUCCCUACCUCGAUGUCUCUCUUCAGGAGGUGGACUCAGUGGAACAGACUGUUGAACUGUUAAACAAAGAGACUCUCCAUGCGGCUCCCAUAUCCAGGGCAGUUCAGCUGACCACAGGAGAUUCAGUCAAGACGGCCCUUCUCUUAGAGCUGGACUUUUCUGCUCACCCGAUGCUGACCUACCAUCCAGGGGAUUCGUUUGAUGUGUUCUGCCCAAACAAAGCUACUGAGGUGGAGGAUGUGCUCCACAGAUUGGGCCUUCAUGACCAGAGGAACCACCGAGUACACAUUUCUCUACGUAAAGACACUAAGAAAAAAGGUGCCCAGGUGCCAUCCUACUCGUCCCAGAACAUUUCUCUGUUGUACCUGCUCACAUGGUGUCUAGAGAUCAGGAGUGUGCCUAAGAAGGCUUUUCUCCGAGCGCUGGUGGAGCACACGGGUGACAGUCUGCAGAGGAGGAGACUGCAGGAGCUCUGCAGUAGACAAGGCUCCGCCGACUACAACCUGUAUGUGAGAGACCCCAGCCUCAGCGUCCUGGAGCUUCUCGCAGCCUUCCCAUCCUGCUCGCCUCCUCUCAGCCUCCUCAUAGAGCAUUUGCCAAAACUGCAGCCCAGGCCUUAUUCAGCAGCCAGCUUCUGUCUUAGGUACCCAGGAAAGCUGCAUUUCGUCUUCAACGUGGUAGAGUUCCCAGCAUGCUCUGGGCGGCCUGCGGGGAGGCGAGGCUUGUGUACCGGUUGGCUGUUUGACCUCAUCAAUCCUGUCCUGGUUUUCUGUGAGAAGGAUGGAUCCUCCGGCAGCCCUGCUCUGCCAAAGAUCCAUGUGAGUUUGAGACCCAACUGCUCCUUUCGGCCUCCCUCUGACCUGUCGGCGCCCUUCGUUAUGGUCGGACCAGGGACGGGAGUCGCCCCCUUCAUCGGUUUCCUCCAGCAAAGAGAGCACGAGAGGAAGUCGAACCCUGAGGCCGUAUUUGGCGAGACGUGGCUGUUCUUUGGUUGUCGCCACCGAGAUCGAGACUACCUUUUCAGAGAGGAGCUGGAGGGCUUUGUGUCCAGCGGUACACUGAGCCAACUCAAGGUGUGUUUCUCCAGAGAUGACCAGACGGAGGAGGCCACCACCUCAACAGCUCGACCCAGAUACGUCCAACACAACCUGCUACUUAACAGCCAACACAUCACUGACAUCCUGCUCAAACAGAACGGUUACUUCUAUGUCUGCGGAGAUGCUAAGAACAUGGCUAAAGACGUGAACAACACCCUAAUGGAGAUGAUCCAAACAGAGCUGCAGGUGGACCAACUGGAAGCCAUGAAGACACUGGCAGGGCUGAGAGAGGAGAAACGCUACUUACAGGACAUCUGGGGUUGACAGCGGACCACCAGAUAAGGGCAUUUUGCAGCAUCCACUAGGCCUUUUAAUACCUUCAAAAAAAAAAAAAAAAUCAGCACGCUCAGCUGUAACUUCUGAAACCCUAGAAUUGUGGAUGCUGAAGCCCAGAGGUAGUUAACACCACCCAAUGCUACCUAGAUGGAAUUCACCAUGCUGACCAGGGGAUAUCGGUUCACUACCUCAUCUUGGGCUUUGCUGUUUGAACAGAAAUUAUCUUGGUCAGAGCAAGAGUGCUGGAGAUUGGUCCUGCAGUGUGAAAAUGCUUUUAGUGUAGACAAGCCUCCUCCGUUCGUCCUGUCUGGGGGAAAAAGGCUUUUACUUCCAUCGGUUGUGAUGGAGUGAUUUUGAUGAGACUGGUGGGUGCUCUGACCUAGAUGGAAAACAACACAGCAAUCUGUAGUUCUUUACCAACACACGCACACGCACACGCACACGCACACACACACACACACACACACACACACACACACACACACACACACACACACACACACGCACACACAUUAAAUAGUUCUUUUGUCAUUCCGGAGGAAAGCGGUCAUAUUUUUAGAACGUACGAGCCAAACCAUCACAAUUUACCUCUGGAGUCAUAAUCAGUAGCAAUUCUUUCAAAUUUUAAAGUUGUUUUGAUGGUUUACUCCAGUAUUGUACAGCAUCAUCAUAACGUCAUCCAAACUACUGUAGCUAUUUUUAUCUGUAAUGAAGACAGAUUUGAAUGUAUGCAACCCUAAAAAAAAUGUCACAUUUUCAUGUCCUUGGAGAUGAGUACGGUUAUCACAUUUAUCAUUUUACUGUGUUCAAUUUUAAAAACAGAGGGCGUGAUUCUCAAUGAUAAUGUGCAGCUCUGACCAAAGCAAUUUGUUUUACUGACUUUGUUUGUGCUUCUCUGCCACCACAUACUGAGCAGGCUGCCAGUUUGGAGACCGUGAACUCCAACUUUUCUAAGUCCUGCAAACCCGACAAAAAUCUCCCAAAGGGUGGUAAAAACAAACACAGCUGUGCCUUGUGUGAUCAGGAAUUAAAAGACAUU